AUGCCGGCCAUCGCGGAGCCCGACGCGGCAGAGGUGGGCCCGGACAACUUGGUGAACCUGGGGCCGCUGAGGAGAAAGCCUGGCCUGCACAUCAGCGAGGCUGACAUCGUUUUGCAGGAGAUUCAACUGGCGUCGGCCACUCAAGCGCUGCCACAUGGGUGCUGCACUGACUGA